CGGCGGCGUCACCACGGCAACGGGAAACAGCGGCUCGGAAGGCAAGCGGGAGGAUCCAAACUUCGCCAGCGGUUGGCGUUUCGCGCCGGUGGGCGGGCGGCGGGCCCCCGCGGAAGGGCGCUGUCGUCGGCGUGGGACGAAACACCUGACAGCCCUCUUUUUCGUGGUUUUUUAAAUUUAAUUUGUUUUGGUUUUAGUCAUGGACUGGAGUUUAGUGUUCAGAAAAAACUGGAAUCAGCAAUUAAUCGGGCCGGAGGGGUACGGGGGGGACCCGCGGCUCAGCACGCCCUGCCGCCUGCGCCGCGGGCAGGGAACAAAAAAUAAUAGUUCAAAAAUAAAAAAGGUCGGAGAAAGGCGCGUACAAAUUAUUUGAGAGCUGGAGAAAAUGUCCCGUCGGGGAAUUAAAGUCUCCACACGGUUCAGUCUGGCGAAAGCGAUACGGGGCAGGGAGGGUGUGGACAACAGUGUUUUAGCGUGUAACGGUGUCUGUAGGGAAUGCGUCUGUCCCUAAAGUCUGGUUAGGAACGCCAAGGUGCAAAGACAGGUAUAAGAGAAAAAUAAGAGCUGAAAGGUAAAGACAGGUUUUACGUAGAAAAGGAGCAUUUCUGUGAGAAAUGGGAAGGAUCUGCCAAGGGCAGUAGGGGUUUCUCCCACCUGAGUACCUUUCUGAAAGACUUACGGACGUCAACCGCAAAAUACCAGAUUCAAGGGCAACCCUCUACCAUUUUCUGACUGGUGUUACGGAUGAGCAAGUCAUUUAAAUCUUAAAACAACGGAAACUCAUCCGUUCGAAAUCCACCCUGCGAUGUCUCGGACUUUACGGAAUCAUGUAACCGGUGAGAUUUUCGGUGUGGUCAAGUCUUCGAGCACGGGUUGAACCUGCACUCGAUGCUUGUCCUGUAACGCCAGCUGCUCUGCUGUCAAGGUGACUGAAGGCCACGGGCACCAUGUCGGGCAUUUAGCAAACGACUUCGCCAAUUAAAAAAGGCGUUUCUGUAGGCCCGUCGCCUGUAACCAGGAAGUCAGGGGGAUCAACAGAAAAAAAGCUCUCUGUUGUGAGGAUGUGGUUAGGUUGUACUUCAGGAAGAAACGUAUCAUUAUGGGACUGUGCUCGUUAAGGGGCAGUUGCUAUGGGUAGGGUCUCUGCUUGCCCUCCCAUUGACCAAGCACCCAACUGCUGUUGAUGACAGAAGUGCAUUUCUUGAUUUAGUUUCAUUUCAAAGGAAUUCAACUUUUCACAUCCUGUUACAUUCCACAACAAAAAACAGGAAUAAACUGUGAUUCAAAACUGAAAACAGAAGAAUGAAAAUAAGAGAUAAAAUACUAAUACAGAAGUACUACUUAAAUGUCUUCAAUGGAAUUUUCUUGGCUCUGGGUCUUAUGCUUUUGACAUUUGGCCUGUGGCUUUUAUUUGACAGAAACAAUUUAUUCAGUGAGUUAUUUUCUUCAGGCAAGAACCAGCUAGUGGCAUAUAUUUCUUGUAUAUUACUUGGAAUUGGAUCUGUUAUUACUUUUACUUCAGCCGUGGGAUUCCUUGGAAAUGUUAUGGAAAACAAAUGUCUACUAGUUACAUAUAUGAGUUUUCAAAUCCUGGUGUUUGUUACCCAGAUGGCAUUAUCAGUGCUGAUAUUCAUGAAAAAAGAAGAGGUCCACAAUCAGUGGAACAACAGAAUUGAUGAAGUUAUUUCUGAGUACGGGAAUGAGAGUCUGGCUGAGCAGGAACCUGUGUGGAACAUUCUGAAUGCUGUGCAGCACAACAUGGAAUGCUGUGGAAGAUACAAUGUCACACAGUGGGAAAGGAAUAAAAACAAGGAAAAUAGUACUCAAAUCCCAUGUUCAUGCACAAAAUCCAGUCUGAAGAAAUGGUUUUGUGAUGUCCCGAGGGAUUCAACAUACAGUAUGGGGUGUGAAGAAUAUUUAAAUACAUGGUUUGAAAACAAUGUUUUGAUCUUAACUGCAAUUGCUAUCAGCCUGCUAAUUACACAGAUAUUUUUGAUCACACUAACUGGUCAGCUAUGUAGAGACAUCAGCAAGAAUAAUAUUUGGCCAAAUGAAUUAUGAACUCUUCAGAGCAUUGCUGUGGUCCAAGAAUUAUCUGAUCCGUGCCUGUAACAGUCAACGAUAUUACUUCCACUAAAAUUUGGGUCGCGCUCAACAUAUUGUAAUCACUAGGAUAUUAACAUUUGGGCUUUAAUAUGUUUGUUUGUUGUUCAUGGCUAUGGAUAUGAUAGUAUGCUACAAAAUUAUGUGUGUUAAAGUCUGAAGUACUAUGCCAUUUACUAGCUGGCUAAUAAAACUUCCUGGUAAGCUGAA